UGUUCUACAACACAAGGAGAUUCAGGAAUUCGCCAGAGAUAAUAUUAAUUGCACACCAUUUUUUGCAGAGUUGAACCACGGGUCGCUGUUGUCAGUCGCUGCGCUGGAAGACACAGUGUGUCUCCUCUUAUCUCUGCCGGAUCUGGACUUUUUAUAUUUUGCUUUUUGGAGAGCUGCACCGGUGCUUUUUUUUGUUUUGUUUUUGUGAGUGUUUGAGCUCAGCGGUGUUUAAACUGGUGAAUGAUAUGAAGUAUGUGCAGGCCGUGCUAUAGAGACCUCACUGUUACGUGAUCUGGAAUCUGCUCAUGUGCUUAAAACUGAAGAGAAUCAAGAGAAGCCGAUAAAAUGAAGAACAGAAGUGUGGUGGAAUAACAAACCUGAUGAACAGAACUCUAAAAAUUUCUGUCCACUUACACAAUGAUGACCUGGAAUUGAGUGAAAACCUUCCCUUUAUUUGGAAGAGACAAAGACAUUGUUAAAUUUAAAUUUGGGACUUUUUUAGCCUGAAAAGAAGUCCAUAUUACUUGUCUGAAUAAAUGGUAAAUCUCCAUACGUUGCUUUCUAUGGUGCCAGUGGCACGCAGAUAGUUUGAGCCAGUCAUUCAUUGACAGUGCUAGAUGAAGAUGGAUAGAUGGUGUUGCAUCCAGUAACUGGAGAGUGCUAAAUGAGCUGCUGUGUAAGCAGCUUGAUCUCUGGAUGAUUGAAGGCAGAUAGCAUUUUAACUGACCAACAAAGGCACGCUAGACAUCCCUCCAUGUGCAACUGCAGAUAGCAGUAGUUUGAGGUUUUAUUGAGCUUGUGAAAGGCUAGGUAGACAGGGUAGUUUAGUUUGUACAAUGAAUCCUAGAGACAGCGUGGAGGUGAUGGAGACCCAGACCCGAGGUCAGAAGGAGAAGCUGGUUGAAGACCCGAUCAACCCUGGCAACGAGGUUGAGGGUGAGGACGACAAAAUCCCCGGGGCUUACAACUGCAACGUUUGUGGACGCAGCUUCCCGUUCCUUAGCUCUUUGUCGCAGCAUAUGAGACGCCACACUGGUGCGCGCCCUUACAAAUGCCCCUACUGUGACCACAGGGCCUCUCAGAAGGGCAACCUCAAAGUUCACAUCCGCAGCCACAAACUGGGCACGCUCUCUAGCCACCACUCCAAUGAGGAUGAAGAGGGUGGGGCCGAGGAGGAGGAGAUGAGUGUUUCAGAGGGUCUCGACGGAGGUACGAGUCCAACUAAGAGCAGCUCCGCCUGUAACCGGAUGAUCAAUGGGGACAGUGGUGAGGAGAGUCGGAGGAAAGUGCCUGGGAGGAGCAUGAAAAGAGAGAAGCCCGUUACCGACCAGAGGCCUUACUGUUGCCGUCUGUGUGGCUACGAGGCGCUUCGAGAAGACCAGCUCCUCAGCCAUAUUGAAAAGGUCCACAUAACAGCAGAUACAGAGGAGGCGACCACUGUUAAGGAAGAGGCUGUGCCCGAACUUGAUGUCGUCCAACCCCAGAGUGAUGGGACCUUCCCCUGUGAGACCUGUGGCCAGAUCUUUACCCAAGCCUGGUUUCUAAAGUCACACAUGAAGAAACAUGCAGGGAUCCUGGACCACUGCUGUCGUAUUUGUGGACGACGGUUCCGCGAAGCUUGGUUUCUCAAAUCGCACAUGAAAACACACAACACCAGAGCCAGGUCGAGGUCAAAAGCAGAAUCCACUGAGCAACAGGCCACUAUCAACGACGUAGCCCAGGAUCCUGAAAUUGUCACUGGCUCUAUUACAUCCAUCUAUCAAAUGUGUUCCAAAUGUGGGAACCUGUUCCACGACAAAGAGAGCCUGAGGGCCCAUGACAAAAUCCACAGUCUAAGUCACGGCAGGAAAUCCCAGAACCAAUGGAAACUCAGUGAUGACGAGGACUCACCAGCUGCUAAGAGACGUUACCUUGACUGCUUUAGCCUCCAGCCUGUUGAGAAAAAGACCCUGGAUGAAAAGGAGAGUGAGAAGAAGAUGCUAGGUCAAAGAAUCCCAGAGCUGGAUCCAGUUUGCAGCUACCAGGCCUGGCAAUUAGCUACUAAAGGAAGGGUUGUUGAGCCAGUGGAGGUGAGUUCCAAGGCCUCCUAUGGGGGAGGAAGUAUGGGGGAGGAGGCCCUCGCCGGAGCUGCUGUGGUUUUUGAGAAGGAAAGCAGCCGUUACGUCUUGCAAGGUCAAGAGAAACGCAGCUCCGGGCGACGCAGCAGCUCCGGAUUGGGAAGCCACGCUUCUUCAGGGGACCGGACACCGGAGAGUCUCAGCGACUCAGAGUACCGGCCUUCGUCUCGCCAUGACCGCCGGCGACCAUCUUCCUCGAAGUCUAACGAGUGCUUUGAGUGCGGGAAGGUGUUUCGCAGUCGUCACCAGAUGAUCGUCCACCAGCGGGUCCACAGUAAGCACGGAGGUAGGGCAUCUGUGGGACACAAUGAAAGAACUGCAAGAGACGACCGAUGGGGGUCCACCAGUGAUCCAGAGUCAGGCUCCCCCAGCCGGCCCAGCACCCCAGGGUAUGGAGACUCUCCACCAGCCUCCUCCACCCUUGGAGACCAGGCCUCAGAGAUGGGUACCGCAAAAUCUGGAGAGAUUGCAGAUGAGAAGCCUUACAUCUGCACCCUUUGUGACUUUGUCACCACAGAGUUGCAGGCCUAUUUGACCCAUGUCCGUGUCCAACACCCGGCUGCUCCCGGAGAUAGACCCAGCCCCAUUCCCAGUCCAAGCUCCAGCUCGGAAAGAGGCACCCCAAGUGGUUAUCCCAAGCUCAAGAAAGUUCUUCUUCAGGGGUUGAACAACUCUGCAUCCCCUUCUGCGUACCUUUCAGCUCGAUCCUCCUCGCUUGAUCCCGACAUGACCCCUGUGGAUCUAUGUGUGAGGGCUGAGGGCUGCAGGGGCAUAGCCUCCCUAACCCAGGACAGGAAGAGCCUCCCUAGCCACAAGUGCUCCUUCUGCUCCCACUCCACCCGCUACCCCGAGGUGCUCUGGAUGCACCAGACUGUGGCUCACCGCAUCAACAGCAGCAGCUCCAAUCUGGCUCCUAAAUGGGCUCUCAAACACAGCUCCAAGGGCUCCAGGGACAACUUAUUAUCCUCCAGGAGACGCACUGGUCCCCCGCCAGUCCUGGAGGGAAAGGAAUGCCCACCGCUGCCUCCACUGAUGCGUGCCCAACGUACCCGGCCCCCGACCUACUCCAGCGAGGUUCUAAAGAAAAGCAGGCCAGCCAGUCAGGCAGCCAUGCCAUCAUCAUCAUCCUCCUCUACCCCCUCCUCCUCAUUCUCCAGGGGCUCCUUAUCCACCCCAGGCACCCAAGCUCGGAAAGUCCCCGUCCGGCCAGGCAGCAACAGCAGCAGCAACAGCAGCAGCAACAGCAGCAGCAACAGCAGCAGCAGCAGCAGCAGCAGCAGCGUCAGACACAUGGAGGACCAGAGUCAUCAGUCUCGCUUCAAACCCAAAGUGGAUAUUUACCCUCGGGGAGGCUCGUCGUCUUCCUCCAGCUCCUUGGAGAAGAGCACCGGUGCCCUCUCACGUUCCUCAGCCCCAAGCCCCAGCUCUGCUACUGCAUCCCGGAUGGCUGACCGCUACUUGAUGCCCCAAGAGGGCCUUGGCUUCAUGCUGUCCAGCAAACACGGCCUAUCAGAGUACAGCCGAGCAAGGGGUUCCCCUCAUCAGCCGCUUCCCAACUCCCACGGCCAGGGCCGAGCUAACGCUACGAGGCCCAGCACCAUCACCCACAGCUCCACAGUGGGACACAACUACGGAUCUUCCCAGGCACAUGGAGGCACUCUGCUGAAUUCCUCCUCCUCCUCUUCUUCUUCUUUGCCUUCAGAGGCUCGUGGAGACGUGAAGCAGGAGCCAAUCGCAGAGACACCAGAGGCGCCAACUGACAUCCUCGGCUUCCUCAAAAACUACAACCCCCACGAACUGGCUUCCCUCUACCACCGCUGGGGUGCGGCCAAUGCAAUGCUGGAUCCAACUGGGAUGCUGAGGUCUCUGAUGCGGCAGGGACAGUAUUUCUGCCAUGAGUGCGGGAAGAGUUUCAGUCAGCCCAGCCACCUGCGCACUCAUAUGAGAUCCCACACAGGGGAGAGGCCAUUCCUCUGCCAGCUCUGCCCAUACCGAGCAUCUCAGAAAGGGAACCUAAAGACACACGUCCAGAGUGUCCACCAUAUGCCUUUUGACAACAGCCAGUACCCAGAUACAAGGAGCUUGUUACUGUGCCGGGAGGAGCAAGGAGCGCUGGCUGCCAAACACCCACCAGCGCCCCAACAACAACAACAACAACAACAACAGUAGACCAUCUGAUAGACCGGGAUCUGGACUUGGGACCGGACUAGUCAGGGAAUCACACAACCUAAAAACACUAUCGCCAUUCCUAAAAAAUCAGAGGAGUCCUCUCCACGCAUCAUCCUUUAAUGACCUUAGAAGAAUUAUCUACAAUGAAGGCUCUUGUAGUUGUUGUUGUUUUUUGUUGUUGUUUUUUUUUACAUAAGAAGCUAGUUAAAGCUGUGCUAGGCAAUUUUAGCAGCAGAGAAGAGUGUCUUAUCUACUAACGGAAAGAAUUUCUGGUGAAAUUCUGCAUUUGGAAAUAAAAGGUGGGACAUAUUUUUUUCUCCGCACAGAAGAAAUGAAGAGUGAAAAAGUGUCCCCUCAGCAGGAAAGCUGGACUCAUCAAGGAUCGAUCUUUUGCUAAUUUAGUUUGAAGGUUGGCAACACUGGGCAGAUUGUGUGUAGUUUACAUCACCUUUCAAGGAUUUCUGAAUAUAGAAGCCCUCAAAAUUCAAAGAGUUGCCUCUUGAAGCCCUCAAAAUUCAAAGAGUAGCCUCUUGCUGCCAUUCCGGAGGCACCAACGAGUGAAGUUGCCCAGUGCAGCUUUACGAGAAAAGCGACGUUUUUACGGAGAAGAGGAAAAACUGAACUUGAAUGCAACUGCUUGUGUUUUGAUCAAGGACUGUGGCAUUGCAUGGCUGCUGUAGUUGCCCCCCUUUCGUUUUUUUUUCUUAGCUUUAUUGUAUAACAGUUUCUUUCAUUCCUCAGGACACCAAUCAUCAGAGAUGAGAUGAGAAAAAAGAUGCUCCGCAGUUCAUCAACAGUCAAUCUGCAAAUGAAGACUUGCAUCGGUCUCCGUCUCUCUCUCUGUGUGAGUGUGUGUGUGUGUGUGUGUGUGUGUGUGUGUGUGUGUGUGUGUGUGUGCGCGCGCGUGCAUGUGUGUGUGUGUCUGCGUGCACAAGUGUGUAAAACUCACCUCCCUCCAGUCCAGAGUAUAAUGUUAGAAGUGCAGUGACCACUCUGAGGCUGUGUAGCUGAUGAUUGGAAGGGGGAAAGAAAGAAAGAGAGAGAGAGAGAGAGAGAGAGAGAGAGAGAGAGAGAGAGAGAGAGAGAGAGAGAGAGCGUUAAUGGCGGUGUCUGCUUUAUAUAAAUGAGCUUACCAAUUUUAUGGCCAUUCAAUUAUUGUCCAUUUAAGAGGAAGGAACUGAGUGGAGAUAUUUUUCCUCCAUAACUCCAUCAUAAUAAAGAGCGUUUCCGACACGUCUGACUUUGAGUCUGACAGUGGGGAAUGCAAGAAGAUGCUAGCUCGGCUGUGGAUUGCACUGAUUAAACUCCGACUUGUGCGCUUGCAAAAGAGAAUAUGGUACUGCUAGUGUUAGCCAGCAACAUUUUCAUUCAUAUUGCUAAAGGGCAACACUGACCUUUUCGCCUGUUGGUUUUUAAGAGAUGAAAGCUUUGGUACCAAAACCACCCCAGUCUCUCUGGUAGGAAGCCUGUCAGCAGCCCUAACUACCUUAGCACCAAUGUAACCAGAGGGGUCACAAGAUACUUAACUCGAUAGAAGAGAAGAAAACAAAUUUCUUCUUCAAAAAGUUAGCUUUCUUUUUUGUGACUUUUCUCAUCUUGUAAAGUAGUGAAAAGUUUAACGCGUUCAGGGCUCUAAAAGUGACUCAAAUUAAACAAUUUGAGAAGAGAAUUUCAGAGCCAGGCUAGCUGGUUUCCUAGUUUCCAGUCUGUGCUAAGCUAAGCUAAGAUAAGCUAAGCUAAGCUAAGCUAAGCGGCCACUUGCUGAAUUUUUAGUGGACAAACAUGAGAGUGGUAUUUAUCUUCUUCUUGUCUAAAUCUCUGCAAUUAAGUGAAUAUAUCCCCAAAACGUGCCAAACUAUUCCUUUAAAAGUGACAGGUUAGUUAAACAGAUAAAAGCGACAUAUAAUUCAACAUGUCCGCUGUAACAGAGCAUGCACGUUCAACAGAACAAACUAUCAGAGAUAAAGAGCUGAUUUUGUUACCAAAGCAAUCAAGCAGACUAAAAUUCCCAUACUGUCAGGUCUAGUUUUUUGAACGGUGAUGUGAAGAUUUGCAUUCUCAGAGAGAGAGAGAGAGAGAGAGAGGGAGAGAGAGGGAGAGAGAGAGAGCAGCCAGAGUUCAGGAUGUCAGGCUUCCAGAGAGUUUAGAUGGAGACGUUUUGAAGCCUAUUGAAUCGUAGAGCCGCCACAGCCUUAACACUGUGUGUGUCUGUGAGAGAGAGUACGCGCAUUCUUUUCAAACCUCUCCAUACUGUAUAAGUACUCCAGCCUCCCUCUAUGCUUUGUAUACUAGCCUACCUCCUUCGCGAUUAAAAGCCUGUUUUAAAGGUGCAGUAAGUGAUUAUGCCCCAUUC